CCCACCACAUGAUUUCUCCAUUAAUUCUUGGAGGCGAGCCAGUGAGAAGGAAGAGCGACGCCACCGGUGUGGUGCGGAUAGUCAUUCAUCCAGAAACAGCAUUUAUGUCCAGAUUGACGAAAGUGAUUUUUUUAAACGCCACGGAGCGUCACUGGAGACGGCCAUUUGCGCGGGUUUAUCAUUCAUGCCAGUUGCAUGCUGAAAUACUUUACAGUCGACUCGACGAGCGUGCAUUGGUUAGUGAUUGAACAUUAGACCCUGUACGGAGGAUUAAUAGAACGAGCCUUGUGACCGGAAAAGGGAAAGAGAGAAAGAAAGAUAGGGGCAUCUGUGAGAGCUGCAUUUGGGAACGGUGGAAGCAUUUCCGAAGCGACGGUAUUCAUUUACGGCGAUCAUUUGCUAGAGGGUUAUUGGCUGGUGAGGGCCGUUUGAGGGAGUCCACCUGCAUGGUGGAGAUCUGGUAAAAACACUCGGAAGUUUUGCAAAAGACUUUCUAAUUCGCCAUCGUACAUUCAUCAAUCCAGUCUACGAGAAUUAGGUAGUUUAAGUUCACCAAUAAAGGAGAUAUCUCGAAUCAAAGUGAUUAUAUGAGGAGAACUCACUCUUGCGCAAUAUCAUACUCACUGUACAUCUUGUUACAUCCUUUAUGAAUGAUGACACUGACUUGGAAAGCAGCUGAUUCAAUUAUGCAUUCUCGUUAGGGAAUUUCCCAUAUUCGGCUUAACGGACUUGUGUUAAUUCUAGCAUUCAGAUUGGAAGUUUGGAUUCAUAGCCGACUCACUUUUUUUCUUGGAAAGUCCAACUUUAAGUAAUUUUGUGAAACCCAGCACUGGCAGCCGAUUACUGCCCUUGUGAAAUAUUUUGAUAAACAAUGAAACUUAUCAGAAUUUUCCAUAUUUCCCGUUCAUUUAAGACGGUAUCAGUUGCUCGAGUUUAUGACCACAUUGAUUGAAGUCGUGACAGUAUAGUGAAGAACAAAACCCUUUAAGUGUUCUCUAUUCAUAUUACGCUUCGAAACCGGUAUCGGUUGCUCCCAACCUCCAACGACCGUCCCGCUCCUCCCAUUAACGCAUUAACCCAUCGUCGGCGAAUACGAGAUGUUUAUGCGUCCACUUUUCUCUGGAGCCUCGAUGAUGAUGACCUAAUGCUGGAAUAAUGGAUAGAAGGUUCGGCCUCACUACCCUUUCUGAUUAAACAUUAGGAGAAACUUGGAUCGAGUGGCCAUUGGGUAUCAUCCAACAUUGUAGGAUAAUGCGAUCGUUGGUUCAGUAGAUGAAGUGGGGUUGACGAUUGCGGUUGUGUUUUCGGAUCUGCUGGCUCUUCUUCGGUGGCCUUCCCUGCUUAGGAGGAUUCGUUUGCGUCCUCGUUUUCUGGCGCAUGUACACACGAUUGGUUAUCGUUGAAAAGCUGUUGAUGUUAUCAUCGGUGAUCAUGGUAAUGGAUUGUGAAUUGUGCCUUCGAUGGUGUUGAUGAGUCUGCCCAUCAGGGUACUUCACUGUGAUUCACUUAUCAUCUUCCCAGCGUCGAGGAGGGGCGUGAAGGUACUAGUGAUUCUUUUCUUACAGCAGGACUUAAAGGAUGCAUCACUUAUAGAGAGCGACGCAGUUGAAUUCUCAAGCACUCGUAUCCACUUUUCCAUUUAAGUUCCACCAGUACAGAUAUUAAGCAAUUAGGAGGAACAUUGAUUUCUUUUUAAUCUGUAAAGACGACGAAGGAAAAUACGUGGAAUUUUGGAUUUAUUUAGAUUUCCAACUAUCAUGUCUAUUGAAUAUCAUCUAAUGGAUUAACUCAUUUCGAACGCCAUCAGAAUUAAAAGUUGACUUAGAAGUUAAACCUUCAGCACGACGAAAGGCAUGAUGGACGCCAACGAGAUAGCUGUUGACAAACCCAAUUCCAGCGAGCUCUAUGUGACGCUGUGGCCGACUACGGAACUUCCAAACUCCAAUGGAUCUGCCGAGGAAGUGACUAGCUAUGUGGAAUUCCAUAUCACGAUCAUUGCACUAGCCUUGUACGCCUUCGCGUUCCUACUCAUCAUAUCCUGCAAUGCAUUGAACUUGUACAUCAUGAGGAAGCCUUUGGAUUGCUUCAGUGACAAUACGCGGUUCUUCCUGAGUGCUCUGGCGGUGGUGGACCUGUUGUCGGGUUUAGUCUGUUGCCCGACGGAAAUGGUGUUGGCCACUUUUGGAAACUGGCCGCUUUCGCACGCAUCGUGUGACGUCAUAGCCAUUGUGUACACCAUGGUGUCAUGUCAAGCACUUCUGUGUCUGUGUUUAGUUAGUGUAGAUCGCUUCUUGACUAUAGUGAAACCGCUUCGCUACCCGACUAUCAUGACACAGAAGAGGGCGCGCAUCGUGCUUGCGUGUGUGUUAUUGCUUGGCGCGCUUUUGUCUCUCACGAUGCUCGAAGCAAGGAAUCUUCCAAGUCCCCAAGAAAACUUCAAGUUAUGUGCGUUACUCUACUUAGACAGUACAGACCCGGUCCGUCCCCUAAUUAUAAUCAUCAUAGUCUCUUUCAUCAUCCCCGCCUCCAUUCUGCUCUUCGUAAACAUUCGCCUUAUGAUAAUCACCAUUCAAAAGACUCGCGAACUUGCCAACAUGUCCCCGACCGCUGUUCGUUACACCACGGACCGUCUCAAGGGCGUUCGGACAAUUCUCGUACUUACUUCGGCUUUCUUCGUCACGUGGCUUCCCCUUAUGUGUACCAUGGUGGCGGCUGUAAUAUUCAACGCCCAUAUUCCACCGGCAUGGGGAACCCUCGUGUCUUUCCCCGCAUUAUGUAACAGUUGGAUUAAUGCUUUCAUAUAUUUAUUCAUGUGUACUUCGUAUCGGCGCGCUGUCGUCAAAGAAGUUCGGAAACGUUUCAAGCGACGUCAUGAAAAAUGGGUGACCAACGGAUCUGUUGCCGCGUCAGCUGCAUUGCACUCGGAAGCAGCUUUAUAGUCUUAGACAACAGUCGUUUAUUAAAGUAUUUAUCAUUUUCAAGUGUGUGAAAUCAGUUGUAUUUGGACUUACUUUAAUGGAGUAUGUAUAAAGGACUUGUCAAGAUGACGCUCUACAUGGUGUUAAGUAUGGUAAUAAUGGAUUUAGGUGCCCGUUUCAUAAAGCUGUUCGUAGGUUAAGAGUGACUUUAAGAACGACUUUAAGAACGACUGGUGAUCCUUUCUUUUGGUAAAUAGUAUUCACUAUUAAAUAUUCAUUGAUGAUUAUGCAGCGCGUGAGAAAGGUUUACCAGUCGUUCUUAAAGUUGUUCUUAACUUACGAACAGCUUUAUGAAACGGCACACAGGAGUCCGUGAUUAAACUUAAAUUUGACCCAAUUUGAAUGAUGAGCUGAAAGGCUAUCACAAAUUUAAUCCCAAAAAAAUCAUUAGUUUCCGUUUCGGCAAAACCUUGUCAAUCUCCCUUAUUUUUGUAUUUGUUAUUUUAACUAUUAAUUAAGUGCAUUUAUUUACAUCCCACCUUUAUUUAUAAACAAUUCAACUCAAUAUUACAUAGCAUCUUGCUGAGUGGCAUACCGAAAGAGAUAACGAUUUUAUCACAGUUCUACAGGGUUAGAUUUGAAUAUCUUAUCAGGGAUAAACGUGAGGACUUGUUUCUAAAUAUACACAUUUGUCAGUUCUCAGUUGCCCUCUCAUACAGAAGUCGAAAACCCAUAUAAUGUCCAAUAAAAGUCCUAUCCAAUUCAUAUACAUAUUUUCACAUUCAUAGAAUUUGUCGCACAACACAGUAGCAUAUAUUUUUUUCAGGUAUUUGGGAAUGAUUCCAACAAUUUUUGAUGUAUGGCUGCUGUGUAUGUGUGCUUUCCUCGUUGCGAAGAAGAGUCAUAUCUUUCAUGUAUGGAGAAUCCAUUUGUUUUAUUCUUUUCCAGUUUGUAUUGUUUUGUUUAUUAAACAAAAAAAUGCUAAUGUAAAAUGUACGGGUUAAAUGUUCGUCGAUGUGUUAUAGAAUCAUCGAGUACUAACACGGAUCUAUGUUAAUUUCCCAUAAUUAUAUGACAGAUAAAUUAGAAUCCAAAAUUAUCACCAGCAAUGGCCAUCGAUAAGCGUCGAUGUGGGGGGUGGGGACGGGGUGAACAGACUAAAAUACCCAUGAACUCAUUUGGGUUAACCCUUUACUUCUUAACAACUCCGAUAACACUAAAUGGAUGGAGAUUGUGUGUAUGAUAUGCUAAUUAGCAGCGAAUGGUUUUGUUUUCACAGACAGCCAUGUACAUAUUAAAAUGUGUCUCGGUGUAUUACAUUAUUACUUUGUAACUUAAUACAAUGUAAGCACCUUGACUGUCGAUGACUUGUGAGAAGGGACUGUGCCAAACCUCUUAUCCCUCUCAAAGCCAGACGUAUGUAUACUUUGUGAUAUUACAGUCACAUUGGUAGAACCGAUUCUAGACCGACCAAAUCUAAAUGUGGUUUCCAAUUACGCACCAUCGGUCGGUUUGGAGUCGGUAUCGUUUGUGUAACACAAUCAAAUUACCAGGGGCCCGUUUUCUUGAAACGUUCAUUGCCUGCAGUUAUGCAAUAAUAGAACUGGGAGUUAAUGUUGCGUCCGUUCGUGUUUUUUUUUUUCAGUGAGGCCAGUCUGAAAAAUGUUUCAUGGAAACGGACCCCUCUAUUCUCUGAAUCCCAUUAUGGAGUUAUGAUAGUUAUAUCGUUAUAUAUAUUUCGUGACGUCAUAGCCUCUGGUCCCUUCUAUACACCUGAAAAGGGUACCUUGCGCUCCCUAUUGAAGAUUCGUCUUGAGCACAUCAUCUCAUUAUUUAUAGCCUGCAAACCUUACCCAAUGUGGGGUAAAGGGGGCGUGGUUUUUAGUGUACAUUUCAGACAGAUUAUGAAGGUUAUGAUUGGGUAUAUUGUAUGUUACGCAGUAUUUUGUAUUACUUUACAUUUUAUCAAAAUAUAUGUUUGCUUUUUAUCCAAUUUUGGAUGUAUGGUGAAAGCAGAGAUGGUACACUACAAAACUCCGGUGUUGAAUUAACACCAGCCCGGAAUCUAUAUAUGUCCACACCAGAGAAGUAUUGAAACAACACCAGUUUGGAAUCGAACCGAUGAUGUUUUACUACUAAUAAAUUGGUGUUGUAUAAACACCUAUCUGGUGUUAGACCAAAACGAAACUGGUGUUGUUUAACACUUCUCUGAUGUGGACAUAUAUAGAUUCCGGGCUGGUGUUAAAUCAACACCAGAGUUUUUGCAGUGUAUUAAUGGAAAGCAAGAAUCCCAUUGAAUAUAUAAAUUUACUCAUCUUGAACUUCAUUGUGGUGUGUACUCCUCAUUGUAAUCCCUUUUUCAGAAUAGUAAUUGUUUAGACGAUAUAUAACGACCACGUGAAUUCGUUACAAAAAAAAUAUCACAUUUGGCAGCUGCAUGUUUUGAAGUAUAACGAACUUAAUAGUCUUUAUUUUCUGUUCUUUUGCACAAUGACCACUUUAAAAAAAUAUUGGGUAAAAAUGCUCCGUGAGGUUAAUUAUGUGUCCAACCAACAUUGGGCAUUUCUUUUGGCAUGUUUGGGGCAUUUUUAUUUAUCCAGUGUGAUGAAAAUUUUGCCCAUUCUAAAGUAAUUGCUGCUUAAUUUUUAAUCUUACUGGACAAUAAGAUUCCCGCAUUUCGUAGAAUACUGCCCCAAAUUGGCUGGACACAGAAUUAACCUUGUGGUGGUAAAACUUUUACCCAAUAUUUUUUUACAGUGAAUGUGUCAUUAUGACAAGCUUUCUUCUGAACAUAUCAGGAAUGGUCUGAUGUUAAGUUUUAACUUUGAAUUCUGGAGAAAAAAAAAGAACAUGUAAAGCCGUUGCAUUAAUUUGAUCUUAUAGGGGUGACUUUGUUGGUUUAUUUAAGGAGAAAUUAUGACCAUAUUAAUUUCAUUGUUAAUUCUGCCAAAGUUUAUCAAUCAGCAUUUUCUUUGUAGUCAAACACUCUGUAUGUUCCCUGAUCAUGUAUUAUGUUAUUUGUUUUUAUAUGAAUUAUGAAUAAAGACCAAAAAAAUGAAAUAAAAUAAAA